AGUUCUGGAAAAACACCUGGCGGUCCUUGCCGUGGCGGUCACAAUGGCGGGACUUGGUAUCCCCGUGAAGUUGCUCCAUGAGGGCAUCGGCCACACCGUGACCUGCGAGUUGAAAACCGGGGAGAUGUACAGAGGCCACUUGAUGAACUGCGAGGACAAUAUGAAUGCCAUGCUGGAAGGAGUCACCGUGACGGGCCGAGAUGGUAAGGUGACCAACCUGGAGCAAGUCUAUCUGCGAGGAUCGCAGAUCCGAUACUUCAUCCUUCCCGACAUGUUGAGGCACGCGCCAAUGUUCAAGAAGAAGGGCCGUGGCGCUGGCCGUGGCGUUUACGGGCCUGGUGGCAAGGGCCGUGGGAAGGGCUUGGCUCAACGGGCGCGCACAGCUGCGGCUGCAACGCGAAAGUGAGGUUUUGAAGGCACUGUGGCAGCUGAGAAGCCUCGAUAUGUAGCAGUUUUGAAAAGACGGGGACCAUAGGGACCAG